CGAGUCGGAAUUCUCCCGUUGUCUGACUGUUCGGAAAAUCGUCCGAUGUCGGUCACGUGGGCGGAAGGAGCGCUCGCAUGUGAAACUGGCCAGAGCUGACAGAAAAUGGGACAGAAAGAUCGUGUGUGCACAAAUGACACCGUAUCUUUGUGCCACUAGAUAGCCUUCCAUGGCGAUAUAUAUCUGGGGCAAUCGUUUCAAGUUCCUGUAAUAGUCCCUCUUUUGCCACUUGCGUUGCAACGCGGUCUUUGUCGCCUAGCAUAUAUUGGACGUUACAUGACAUCAGCUGUCCAUAUUUAUCGCUGCUAGCCAUGGAGAAGUUCUCCCAAUUCCGCGAUAGAGGCUCCGGCAUUGCGCCUUUCCUUCCCAUCCCAACAGAGCCGGCGGGCCUCUACCUACCUUUCCAUAUAUUCCUCUUCUGCUUUCGACUCCCGCUGCUGCUUGUCGUCUCGUUGACAUAUUUCUUGAUUCUCCAAUGGCUUCCCAUUGGAUCUCUCGGAAAGAAGGCUUCUCUGUGGUGUAUUCUGGGUAUCCCUAGCAUCUGGUGGAUUGACCUCCAGAUUGAUGGAGUGAAGAGAGGAUCUCUCGCGAAGCAGCGCAAGGAACGCUUACCAGGGCCGGGCUCCAUCAUUGCAUCCUCGUUCACAUCGCCCAUUGAUGCUGUAUACCUGGCUGCUAUCUUUGACCCGAUCUUUACGGCAUGCUACCCUUCUACGCGCCAGGUCGAACGCAUCUCUCUCUUCCAAGCCAUUUUGCGGGCGUUAUCGUAUCCUAAGCUAGCCCCGCCCUCUGGCGCACGCAUGGUUGACAUUCGCACUCUCCUUGAGAAGAACCCGAAUCGACCCAUCGUUAUGUUUCCAGAGUGCACAACAACUAAUGGGCGCGGAAUUCUGCCUCUGAGUCACGCUCUUCUGGAGGUACCUUCGAAUACCAAAAUAUUUCCGCUCAGUCUGCGCUAUACACCCGCGGAUGUGACGACACCGGUCCCUGGAAGUUACCGGACCUUCUUCUGGAAUCUAUUGAGCAAACCGACCCAUUGCAUCCGUGUUAGGAUUGCGGAAUGUGUCACGGCAGGUGGUUCUAUCAAUAAGGUGGAAUCGGAGACUUCGUCGCUCAAGGACACUCGCAAGAACACUUACGACAGCAAUUACUUCGACACACUGCAAGAAAAUGCUUCCGAAGGGGGAUCGGAUGCUUCUCUGACGCGGGAACAGAGAGCUCUCCUGGACUACGUGGGAGAGGCGCUUGCUCGACUUGGCCGAGUCAAGAGAGUUGGACUAGGUGUCCAGGAAAAGUUGGACUUUGUUAAGAUGUGGACGAAGUCGAAGCGCAGGCGAUGAAGGCUAGAAACGACCUUGUUUCACCAUUUUCGUACGGACGGGGACUUGAGAUUUUUCAUAUUGCAAGAAGCUUUUUAGACGGAGUUUAUGAGUGUCUCAGAAAGGAUGAAAAGAAUAACGCGCUUUAGUGCGAUGUAUAUCCAUUCCACCCUAGAUAUCUGGCUAAGCGAUUCUAUAGAUUUGAGUUCU